UUUGAUGGGUGCUAUUGGCCACUAACCACUUGCUCAUCGGCUGAUCGGGCUCCGCGUUUCAAGUUUGUUAGCCUAACCGUCUCCUUUGCUCCACCGGAGCCUAGCCCCUCCUUCUAUCUUAUCUACUGCCUUGCUCCUUGGCUCCAUACUGCUCCAACAGCUCACUAUAAUAGCUUGCUUCUCGGGUGA